AUGUUUCUCAAAGUCCAGCUGCCUUGGAAUGUCGUCAUUGCUGCAGAAAACCUGCAACCACAAGGUCUGAUGCUUCAGAGGGCAAUCAUCAUCCGGCUGCUGAGUGACUUUGCUGUGAAGAAGGCAACCAAAGAUCUUGGAUACUUUCUUGCUGUGACCACACUGGAUAAAAUAGGGGAAGGAAAGGUCAGACAACAUACUGGGGAUGUGCUCUUUCCCAUUGUUUUUAAUGCCAUUACCUUCAAGAUUUUCAAGGGAGAGAUACUAGAGGGUGUUGUCCACAAGGUUCUAAAGCAUGGAGUUUUCAUGAGAUGUGGUCCAAUUGAGAAUGUCUAUCUCUCACAUCUGAAGAUGCCUGAUUACCGAUAUGUUCCUGGUGAGAACCCAUGCUUCAUGAAUGACAAACUGUCAAAAAUUGGAAAAGAUGUCACAGUGCGCUUUUCAGUGAUAGGUACCAAGUGGAUGGAGGCAGAUAGGGAAUUUCAGGCAUUGGUCAGUUUGGAAGGGGAUUAUCUAGGACCAGUCUCGACUCCAGAUAUCUAG